AUGGAUCCUUCAGACUUCAACAUGGAAAACUCAAGUGAAACAGAAAAUCAAGAUCCAAACACAAACCACAACCAUACACAUACCUCGAAGGAAAAUCAGAUCCAAUCGUCUGAUUUCCUGAAUAAUCCGCGAAAUCCUCUCUAUCUUCAUCCUAAAGAAAAUCCAUCCACCAUACUUGUUUUACUGCUUUUGCAUGGUUCAAAUUAUCAUUCCUGGUCACGAGCUAUGCAGAUGGCUCUUAGUUCAAAGAAUAAACUAUGUUUUGUAUACGGAUCUAUGAAGAUUCUUUCAAGAUCUGAUGAAAACUAUUCAGAUUGGCAGCGAUGCAAUAACACAGUCCUAGGCUGGAUUCAAAGAUCGGUGGAUGACUCUAUUGCACAAUCGAUUUUGUGGAUCGACUAUGCAGAAGAUGCUUGGAAUGAUCUCAAGGAUCGAUUUUCUCAGGCUGACAUCUUUCAGAUAUCGGAUCUGCAAGACGACAUUUGCAGAUUAGAGCAAGGAAACAGAACAGUUGCUCAAUAUUUCACAGAAUUGAAGAUCCUUUAG